AUGCGCUUAUCAUAUCUCCGAGCGGCCCUGGUCUCCUAUGUGCUGCUCGACAAUGCUGACCUCGCUUCAGGUAUCGGCCAAACAAAGACCGUCGCACUCGGCGCCGCGCACGAGGUCGACGAGCCCAAGCAUCGACUGAGACCUGGAUAUACGCGCGUGAACGAGGUGGUGGAGACAAGCUAUCCGAGCGUAGAAGAGGUGGCGAAGCGGUGGUGGAACGCCAUCGGAGACUACUUGAAUCUUAAAACCUUGAGGUGGACCCCCGAUUUUAGUACUCGCCUUCACAGAGACGAGGAGCUCACCGGAAUGUCUAAGAAGCUUGGAGGUCUAGUAUUCUCCGCCGGCAUGUCGACAGAGCAAAAGACUAAGGCCCUGGAUGCAUUAGUAAAAGAGUAUAGCUACUUUUGGGAAAAAGUAGCCAUCUUCCAAAUGGCGCGUAAGUUGCCGGCGAUUAAUGAAGAGGUGAUUGAGGCGGUCGAACACCAGGUUUUCAUGAAACUUGAAACAAUUGGUGGUGUGACCCACUUGUAUGAGAAGGAGCCAAAAUAUUGGUCGAAAAAAGGCAAGGAUUUGCGCGCCAGUUACCUCAAGGAGCACAAAGAGGAGUACGACACGUGGAAGGAGGUAAUGAAAGAGUUAAAAAACAACAACUGA